UGUGUAGGAAUAUAGAUUUUCAUCUGGAGGGGACAUCACUUCUGUGACACCUUGACUUUAGUCCGCUGAAAAUGAAACAAGAUUCUACUAGAAACACUGCUUACACUGUGGAUUGUGAGGAUUAUGUGCACGUGGUAAAAUUCAAUCCAUUUGAUAGUGGAGAUGCAUGUUCCCUCAUUGCAUAUGGUGGCAAUAAUUAUGUAGUUGUUGGGACAUGCAGAUUUCAGGAGGAGGAUGCGGAAGUGGAAGGCAUGCAAUAUAAGACAUUAAGAACAUUUCAUCAUGGAAUCCGAGUUGAUGCCAUAGCAUGGAGUCCAGAAACUAGACUUGAUGCUUUACCUCCCCAGAUAAGGUUUUGUACUGCGGCUUCUGAUAGGAAGUUAAGGCUGUUUACUUCAGACCUGCAGGACAAGACUGAAUUUAAG